AUGCUGAGAAAACAGGCACGUGAACGUCGUGAAUAUCUUUUCAGAAAAGCCCAACAAUUACGUGAACAAAAUACUAUUGCUAAGAGACAACAGCUUUCACAAGCAUUAGCUACAGGUAAAGCAUUGCCCAAGGAAGUAGCCGAUGACAAAGACCUCCAGAAAGACUUUCUUUAUGAUGAAUCCAUCCAAAAAUCAAACGAUGAAUUAGAUGAUGAGUAUUCUGCUCUUUCGGGUCUUAUUGAACCAAGAAUUGUUAUCACUACUUCUAGAAAUCCAUCAACCAGAUUAUCGCAAUUUACCAAGGAGGUCAAAUUACUUUUCCCUAACGCAGUGAGGCUCAAUCGUGGUAAUUACAUUAUGCCGACAUUAGUUGAAACGUGCAAGAAAUCGGGAAUAACAGACAUAAUCGUACUCCAUGAACAUAGAGGUGUUCCAACUACGAUGACUAUAUCACAUCUGCCGCAUGGUCCUACUGUCACAUUUACAUUACAUAACGUGGUGUUAAGACAUGAUUUACUAAAUGUUACCAACCAAAGUGAAGUCUAUCCACAUUUAAUAUUUGACAAUUUCGACUCCAACUUGGGUAAACGAUGUGUUACAAUACUAAAGCAUUUGUUCCCACCUGGCGUUAAGCCUGACAGUCCUCGUGUGAUAAGUUUUAUCAAUAAGGAGGACUUCAUAAGUGUUAGACAGCAUGUGUAUGUGAAAACUAGGGACGAUGUAGAAAUGAGUGAGAUAGGGCCUCGUUUUGAAAUGAGGAUGUUUGAGGUCAGGUUGGGAACAAUGGACGAUAAGGAUGCUGACGUAGAAUGGAUGUUAAGAAGAUUCGUUAGAACUGGUAACAGAAAGAACUACUUAAGUGCUGAAUGA